AGUUGAUAAAUGUAGCACCUUUGGCAUCAAGAAAGUUUUGACAAAAUCCGUUCAGUACUUACCGAAACUACUAAUUAACAAUGGUCUCAUACCUACUAUUCAAAUGGGAGAAUCUUUUAAAUAUCUAGGAAGAUUCUUUGAUUUUGAUAUGUCCGACCAAGAACACAAAUCUGAACUAAUGUCUCUCAUUGAUGAACUAAUGUCUGAUAUCGACCAUAAACCUCUACACCCCCAAAACAAACUUAUUCUAUACAACCGCUACGUUCUAUCCAAAAUAUCCUGGCAUCUCACUGUUGCACCCCUGUCGAAAACCUGG